CUUCACCGCCACCUAUGAUGCGACCACCACCACUGAGCUUCAUAUUUUUCCUCUUCGGAGUAGGGUUUUCGCUUUUCUGAACCAUCAUCAAUCAUAUUGUAAUUUUACUUUGUCAUACAUAAUGCCCUCGGAUUCGAAUUCCCUGUCGUCGAAUUACUCAUCUGAUCAGGGGAACCCUAAUUCUGAUCCCAAUUCGGAACCCCAACUCGAACCGGAGCCAGAGUCGGAAGGGGAGGCGGAGCCUAAUAAGAAUCCUCACUUGAUUGACCAAUCGCUUGAUGCCCUUGAGAAUCAAUUGGCUUCAAUCUCAAUGUCGUCGCGUUCCCCGACGGCCACGAUUGAGGGUGAAGAGGAAGAGGAUGUGGAGUCGCGGGAGCAGCCAAGGUCGAUUAAUGGAUCGUUGAGUGAAGAAAUUGGAGCUGGAGGAGAUGCUGAUUCCGUGGAGGGUCGGCAUUUCGAAAGUGAUUCCAAGGCAGACUCAUCGGGAGUUAAUGUAGAGAACGUCUCCUUCAUGUGGCUAGAUGCUCCGGAGGUAGAUGAGGUUGAGCGGCCGCUGAGUCCAGGUAGCAGCGGCUAUGCCGGUGAGAUGGGCAGCACCAGCGGCGGCGAUGAAAUAGUUGAUGAUGACGAAGAUGAUAGUGACAUUAGAGUGGUUGAAAAUGAUGGGGUUUCGGGAUCCAAUAAUCAGAGUGUAUCUGGGAAACGGCAUGCCGAUGAGGAUGAUGCUUCGGUUUCUUGGAGGAAAAGGAAGAAACACUUCAUUAUAUUGAGUCACUCUGGGAAACCCAUAUAUUCCAGAUACGGGGAUGAAUAUAAGCUAGCUGGUUUCUCUGCAACUUUGCAAGCCAUUAUCUCCUUUGUGGAAAAUGGAGGAGAUCGGGUCAAUUUGGUUAGAGCUGGUAAACACCAGGUUGUUUUUCUUGUGAAAGGACCUAUUUACUUGGUCUGCAUAAGUUGCACAGAAGAACCUUAUGAAUCAUUGAAGGGUCAGCUAGAGUUACUGUACGGUCAGAUGAUACUUAUCCUGACAAAGUCUGUGAAUCGUUGUUUUGAGAAGAACCCAAAAUUUGAUAUGACAUCACUGCUUGGGGGAACUGAUGCUGUCUUCUCGUCUCUUAUCCAUUCUUUGAGUUGGAAUCCUGCCACUUUUCUUCAUGCCUACUCAUGUCUUCCCCUUGCUUAUGCUACUCGUCAAGCUGCGGCUUCCAUCUUACAGGAUGUGGCUGGCUCAGGAGUCCUGUUUGCACUCUUGAUGUGCAAACAUAAGGUCAUUAGUCUUGUUAGCGCCCAAAAAGCAUCUCUUCAUCCUGAUGAUAUACUGUUACUCUCCAAUUUUAUAAUGUCCUCUGAAUCUUUCAGGACAUCUGAGUCAUUCUCACCUAUUUGCCUGCCAAGAUACAAUCCCAUGGCAUUCCUUUAUGCUUACGUGCACUAUUUUGAUACCGAUACAUACGUGGUGCUGCUCACCACAAGUUCUGAUGCCUUCUAUCAUUUAAAAGAUUGCAGGAUUCGGAUUGAGAUUGUACUCUCAAACUCAAAUGUACUGAGUGAAGUUCAAAGAUCAUUGGUUGAUGGUGGUAUGCAUAUCAAGGAUUUGCUUGUUGAACCCACUUCUCGUGCUGGUGCUGUUUCUUCUCAUUUAGGUCAACCACUGCCUGGGGCAGGUUCCCCUGGGAGAACUGCAGACGGAUCUAUCGGGAUUGGUGGUCCAGCUGGACUAUGGCAUUUCGUAUACAGAAGUAUUUAUCUUGACCAAUACGUGUCAUCUGAGUUUUCAUCGCCAAUCAACAGCUUGAGACAGCAAAAAAGAUUAUAUAGGGCCUAUCAGAGACUCUACGCAUCCAUGCACAAAAAACCAAUAGGACCUCACAAAACCCAGUUCAGAAGAGAUGAAAAUUAUGUGCUACUUUGCUGGGUCACACAAGAUUUUGAACUUUAUGCAGCCUUUGAUCCCCUCGCAGACAAGGCUCUUGCAAUAAAAGUAUGCAACCGGGUUUGUCAAUGGGUGAAAGAUGUGGAAAAUGAAAUCUUCUUAUUGGGAGCAAGCCCGUUUUCAUGGUGAUUCUCGCAAACAUUCUGUACCCUGGCAUGUAUUCUAGUUCCAUUGCUCUAUUAUAAUAUACUUGCUCUUCCCAUGUCAAAUUUUGCCUCUUUUUCUUGGCCUUAAAUAUUUGUGCAUGGUUGUAUACCGCUUGCUAAGCCAAAAAGGCACAAUAUUGUAGUAGAAAUUUAUUUGCAGACCAUUUAAGGAGCACUUGUACCAAUCAAUGGCGUAGGGUUAUUCCAAAUUUUCUACUUUGUUGUAUCGUAUUCAAUUUAUUUGAGGCUGUGAAUUCUACAGAA